UCCCAAACAAAUAAAGCUCAGCCGUUUCACUCGUCGUAGCUGUUGCUGCUCUGCUUGAAUUCUCUUUUAAAGACAGAUACAUUUGUUUGCAAAAGUUUUUCUUCACAUUUUAUUGUUUUCUUGAGUCUGAGGGCACUUUGUAUUUUCCACGCUCCUGAUCAGCUAUGCUUAGCAUCUUCCUCAGCUUUGGUAUCCUUCUGUUCCAGACUACAUCAGGGCAAGAUGCAGGUGAUGGAUUCCGACAGUGUACAAAGGAGGAGAAGCUGCCCGUCUUGGAGGUGCUACCAGGAGGUGGCUGGGACAAUCUUCGUAAUAUGGAUAUGGGAACAGUAAUGAGUUUAAAUUACUCUCAUUGCAGGACCACUGAGGAUGGUGAGUACUUAAUCCCAGAUGAUGUCUAUGUGACACCACAGCGUCAGAGCAACCUGGACAUUAAUUCAGAAAUCAUCGAAAAUUGGGUGUAUUACAAAGAUACCAUUGCUGACUCUGUCAAUGCUGAAGCAUCCUUCUUCUCUGUUCUAAAUGGCAAAUUUUCUGCAGGUUUGGAGCGCACCAAAAUGCAUAAUGUUUAUGAUCAAACAGUGACAACUCGUGUCCAAGUGAAGUACUUCAUCUAUUCUGUCAAGGCAAAGCCCUACUUCACAUUUGAUAACACUUUUAAGAAGCAGCUGAUGGAUAUUGCUAACUACCUGGAAAACAAUCAGACCCGUGAGGCCAAAUACCUUGCAGAAAUGCUUAUUCUUAACUAUGGUACCCAUGUCCUUACCAGUGUGGAUGCAGGUGCCACCUUGAUACAGGAGGACCAAGUCAAAUUCACCUAUGUUGAGGACUAUGUGAGCCAAAAACAAACUGUUACAGGUUCUGCUACUAUCAAUUUUUUUGAUAAAGUUAAUAUCGGCAUUGGUGGGGGAACUAGUUCCCAGCAAGAGGCAGUAAAAAAGUACAUUGAUAAUACAGUUGAUUCAAAGAUUGAAAGUCAUGGAAGUGUGCCAUUUUACCCUGGCAUUACCUUACAGAAAUGGCAGGAAGGCACCCCUAACCACCUUGUUGCAAUUGGUAAAUUUGGACUGCCUAUACCAUUUUUUAUUAACACAGAAACCCUUCCUCAUUUGCCACAUCCUACAGUGAAGCGUUUGGCCAAAACUGUAGAACAGGCUAUCCGCCUUUACUAUGCCAUUAACACCCACCCAGGAUGUAUCACCUCUGACUCCCCCAACUUUAACUUUCAGGCCAAUGUAGAUGAUGGAACAUGCCAGCAGAUGAACACUAAUUUUACUUUUGGGGGCAUGUACCAAGAAUGUCAUGGCAUCUCUGGUUAUGCAACUGAAUCAAUCUGUAAGACGUACAGGACCAAGAACCUGCUUACAGGAGAUUUUUCAUGUCCAGUUGACUAUACUGCCAUACUGCUACACAGUGAGGAGAAGACAGUUGUGACUCCAGACCCAGAAUGCCAUGAAAAAUGCCAUUCUUGCUGGUUAUUUUUUAGCUGUUGCCACACUGAAUGUGGUAUAGUCUAUCACACCAGCAAAGCUGUGUUCAGUGCCUAUUGGUGUGCUGCCUCAGGCAUUGUUCCCCAGUCAUCUGGUUACUUAUUUGGUGGUCUCUACAGCAAAGACCUUGAAAAUCCUGUCAGUCGGACUCAUUCUUGCCCUAGUUUCUUCUUUCCACUGGAUAUCUUUGAUAAUCUAAAGGUCUGUGUGAGUGAUGAUUAUGAAAUGGGAUUCAGAUAUUCAGUACCAUUUGGUGGCUUUACUAGUUGUCAGAGUGGUAAUCCUCUUGCUGGUACUCUGAUGGGGCAAAGUCCUGGGGUCUUACAAGAUUUCUUCUACCAGGGCAACCCCACCAGUUAUCCUAUGAAGUGCCCCAAGGGUUUCACUCAGCAUUUGGCUUACAUUAGUGAUGGCUGUGAAGUUCGAUAUUGCAUUAAGGCUGGCACUCUUUUUGAGAAAAGACUGCCUUCGAUCAAGCUGCCCCCAUUCACCAAUCCACCCAUUUUCAAUAUUAGCUCUCGUGAUACUCUCUAUGUGCUGAACCCCGAAAGUGGGGGUGCCUGGGUUAAGGACCUCAAAACACAAAUGUGGAAAAUUGCAGAUGCUUCAGAUGAGACAAAUUUUAUUCAGCUCUUUCAGACCUCUAGCACCAAACAGUCCAAUGGGGUUGCUGUUGGUAUCUCUGUUGCUGUGGUGGUGGUAGUGGUGGUCUUUGUCAUCUCUGUGAUUGUUGUUAAGAGGAGGAGGUACAAAAGCCAAGGUUACAGUGAAAUACAUCAUGCUUCUGACAUAGGAGACCAGCCAAGUUAUGGGACAGCUGAAAGUACACAGCAGUCUUCUGCCAUCUCUGUGACUGAAGAUGCUUAAUACAGCAAAUAUUUGGACUCACAGUAUUGGUUUUAAUUCUGUUAAAGAGAGGGGAAGGGGGCUACUGGAUAAAAUAACCUCCACAGUAUCCUAUGUACGCAAAAUUCAUUUUUCUUUAACUGUGUAGAUUGCACUUACUACAGGUAAUGCAGACUUUUGUUUUCACCUUGCUUUUAGCUGUGAUGUCAUUUUGGAUAUAAUCAACUUAGGAUAAUAUAAAUUUGCUAAGACAUUAAAUUGCACAGAAGUUUCCAGGAAUGUGCAUCUUGAGUGACGGUACACACAGCAACUUGUUGAUUAGUAAUAGUAAAAGAUGUAGCUAAUUUACUUUGUAGCAGCUCAUUUAAGUUGCUUGAGAGAUUAAUACAGUUUUUAUAGACAACAUUAUCCAUAACAUAAUGAAUCACUGUUAUUGUGGCCUCAGAUAUCUUACAGUUCAGUUACAUCAUUGAUGCUGUUAGCAUUCAAAUUUUUCAGUUGAUAACAUUAUUAAAUGGUGAGUAAUGAACAUGCAUAAAUGUCUACUCUCCUACUCUUUUUGUCUGUGUCAGUGCAUUGCAAUAUGAUGUGCCCUGGUCUAUGGGAAAAGCAUUUACGUGGAAUCCAGCAUUCCAUUUCUGCUAAUCUGAUGGCAAGAUCAGGUGUGAUUACCACCUUUUGGGAUGAAAGCACAGAAUUGAGGUUUUAAGGUUGGCCUACUGUUUAAUGGCACUCAGACUUUGAGCAUUCAGCUGGCUGCAGCAUUACACCUGGGUGUCCUUUUGCUAAGUACAUCCUGGCCAGAGGAAGGGCGGGUUAACUGGAGAGUGUUUCAUAAACAUCUAGAGCUGGCAUCCAUCUAGCAGUAAUAUUUUUUCAAGGAACAUACAGUCAUUAGGAAAAAAAAUGUCUGCUUGUUAGGAUAAGGGAUUUUGAUCUGAUGUAAAGUAAAUACUGAAUGGAGAAAUUAGAAGUCUUAGUACAGCAACAGGCUGAGCGAACAAAUGAUAAUGUCUGUGGAAAUAUUUUCUGACUAAAGCAUCUUUCCAGUUAUCUUUCUGGCAAAGAUAUGGAGGUUGUGGAAUGACACUGAAGAUAUGUCUUUCUGCAGCACAUAAUAUCUGAAAAUGUUUACUUUGAAUGUUGUUUUGCUGACUACUUUAAUAUUAACUUUGAAUAAAAGUAUUAAUAUCUA